GGUAAAACCAUCGAUGAGAUUCCUCCAGAGGUGCUGAUCGACUGCGCACAGCUGGUGAAGAACAACAGCAUCCAGGGGUGUAAGAUGAACAACAUCAGUGUGGUGUACACACCGUGGUCCAACCUGAAGAAAACAGGAGACAUGGACGUUGGACAGAUCGGCUUCUAUCGGCAGAAGGAGGUGAAGAUUGUCGCGGUGGAGAAGAAGAUCAACGAAAUCGUAAACCGCCUGGAGAAAACGAAAGAGGAGCGCUUCCCGGACUUGGCGGCAGAGAGGGAAGCGAGGGAUCGGGAGGAGAGGAACGAAAAGAAAGCUCAGCUCCAGGAGCAGAAGAGGAGAGAAAAGGAAGAGCAGAAGAAGAAGAAGGAGAUGGAGGAGCUGAG